CAGUCAACACAGGCCGGGAGGAAGGCACUAUUUUUGACCAGUGUGCUCCUGGUGCCGAGAGCAAGCUCGAAGAAGAGGUGCUUGCCGAGGAGCGCACUGAAGCCAGCAACCGCACUGCUUGCGCUUCUCAGCACCACUACUUUUUUCGCUAUGUCAAUUCUGCAGGCGCGCUAGGGCACCUGGGUUUCGCGAGUUCCGCAGAGGAUUAAGCAAGACACUCCGGCUGCACCAUGGCGGACAGCGAAGGAGGGUCCGAGCAGGAUGAUGUUUCAUUCCUUAGGACGGAAGACAUGGUGUGUCUUUCGUGCACAGCCACCGGCGAGAGGGUUUGUCUGGCGGCCGAGGGCUUCGGUAACAGGCACUGCUUCUUGGAGAACAUCGCAGACAAGAACAUCCCUCCUGACUUGUCUCAAUGCGUGUUCGUGAUUGAGCAAGCUCUUUCCGUGAGAGCUCUUCAAGAGCUGGUCACCGCAGCUGGAUCUGAAACAGGAAAAGGCACUGGAUCUGGUCACAGAACUUUACUCUAUGGCAACGCCAUUCUUCUGAGACACCAGAACAGCAAUAUGUAUUUGGCCUGCCUGUCGACAAGCUCUUCGAACGAUAAGCUUUCUUUCGACGUUGGUCUGCAAGAACACUCACAAGGUGAGGCUUGCUGGUGGACAGUGCACCCUGCCUCAAAGCAGAGAUCUGAGGGUGAAAAGGUGAGAGUCGGUGAUGACCUCAUCCUGGUGUCCGUCGCCACUGAGAGAUACUUGCACACGGCCAAGGAGAACGACGUCUCUGUGGUGAACGCUUCAUUCCACGUGACACACUGGUCAGUGCAGCCUUACGGCACUGGCAUCAGCCGCAUGAAGUACGUCGGCUACGUCUUUGGAGGCGACGUGUUGAGGUUUUUCCACGGCGGCGACGAAUGUCUCACGAUACCUUCGACGUGGAACGACCAGUCGGGUCAAAACAUUGUGGUUUACGAGGGCGGCAGCGUAAUGAGUCAGGCGCGCUCGCUUUGGCGCCUUGAGUUGGCCCGCACUAAGUGGUCCGGUGGAUUCAUCAACUGGUACCACCCGAUGAGAAUCCGCCACAUUACCACAGGACGAUAUCUGUGCGUUAACGAAAACAACGAACUGUAUUUGGUGAAGAGGGAGGAUGCUACCAUUGCAACUUCAACGUUCUGUCUGCGUCAAGAAAAAGACGACCAAAAAGUGGUGCUUGAGGACAAGGAUCUUGAGAUUAUUGGCGCACCAAUUAUCAAGUAUGGUGACAGCACAGUCAUCAUGCAGCACGCUGAAUCAGGGCUGUGGGUCUCUUACAAGUCAUACGAGACCAAGAAAAAAGGUGUAGGUAAAGUGGAAGAGAAGCAGGCGAUCCUGCACGAGGAAGGAAAAAUGGACGACGGCUUGGAUUUCAGCAGGAGCCAGGAAGAGGAAUCGAGAACCGCACGAGUUAUCAGGAAAUGCAGCUCCCUUUUCACCAAAUUCAUUACUGGGUUGGAAACUUUGCAAGUUGAGAGAAGGCCCUCACUCUUCUUCCAAAGUGUCAAUCUUGGCGAAAUGGUCAUGUGCUUGGAGGACUUGAUCAAUUACUUUGCCCAGCCAGAAGAAGACAUGGAACACGAGGAAAAGCAGAACAAACUUAGGGCGCUGAGAAACAGGCAGGAUCUGUUCCAAGAGGAGGGUAUCCUGAAUCUGAUCCUGGAGGCGAUUGACAAAAUCAACGUCAUCACCUCACAGGGUUUCCUAGUUUCCUUGGCUGGAGAUGAGUCUGGCCAAAACUGGGAGAAGAUUUCUGGAUAUCUCUACCAGCUGCUUGCCGCCAUCAUCAUGGGCAACCACACCAACUGCGCUCAGUUUGCCAACUCAAACAGGUUAAAUUGGCUUUUUAGCAGGCUGGGUUCCCAAGCAUCUGGAGAAGGAACAGGAAUGCUGGACGUACUCCAUUGCGUUCUGCACGAUUCUCCGGAAGCUCUGAACAUGAUGAGGGAUGAGCACAUCAAGGUUAUUAUUUCCCUGCUGGAAAAGCAUGGCCGUGAUCCAAAGGUUCUAGACGUUCUGUGCUCACUGUGUGUUGGUAACGGAGUGGCUGUGCGCUCCUCGCAAAACAACAUUUGCGACUUCUUGCUUCCCGGCAAAAAUCUUCUUCUUCAAACAAUGCUGGUCGACCACGUGGCCAGCGUGCGACCGAACAUCUUCCUCGGCCGAGUCCAGGGUUCUGCCCAGUACCAGAAGUGGUACUUUGAGGUGACCCUGGACCACAUGGAGCAGACGACCCACAUGAUGCCCCACCUGCGCAUCGGCUGGGCCAACACGGCCGGCUACAUCCCGUACCCUGGCGGCGGCGAAAAAUGGGGCGGUAACGGAGUUGGCGAUGACCUUUACUCGUUCAGCUUCGACGGCGCCAACCUGUGGACCGGCGGCCGCUGCACCUCCGCCAUCCCCGGUAUGACUGAACCCUUCAUCAGAAAGGGCGACGUGAUCGGCGUCGCCAUGGACCUCACCAUUCCCUGCAUUUCUUUCACCUUCAACGGCGUUAAGGUCAAGGGCACCUUCCGCCAUUUCAACCUUGAUGGCAUGUUCUUCCCUGCGAUCAGUUGCUCCUCAAAGCUGAGCUGCCGCUUCCUGUUUGGUGGAGACCACGGCAGGCUGAAAUACCCUCCUCCUGAGGAAUUCUCUCCUUUGGUGGAGAGCCUUCUGCCAAACCAGAUUCUAUCAAUCGAUCCGUGUUUCUACUUUGGCAACCUCGUCAAAGGAAUAAUGUCGGGACCCUGGCCUGUCGAGGAUGACACCGCCUUUGUCCCCGUGCCAGUGGACACGACCACCAUCACCCUUCCCUCUUACAUCGAAAGCAUUCGUGACAAGUUGGCGGAAAACAUUCACGAGAUGUGGGCUAUGAACAAAAUCGAGGCCGGCUGGUCUUACGGCGAGCGCAGAGACGACAUUCGCCACAUCCACCCUUGCCUCACACAGUUCGCGAAUCUGCCGCCCGCCGAGAAAAGAUACGACUCGCAGCUUGCUGUGCAAACGCUAAAGACCAUCCUGGCGCUUGGCUAUUACAUUACUAUGGAUAAACCUCCAUCUCGCAUCAAAAAUGUUCGCCUGCCUAACGAUCCUUUCAUGCAAAGCAACAGUUACAAACCAGCACCUUUGGACCUGAGUGCAGUAACAUUGACCACCAAAAUGGAGGAACUGGUCGAUUCGCUGGCCGAAAAUACGCACAAUCUGUGGGCCAAAGAGCGAAUCAAUCAGGGAUGGACCUAUGGCCUGAACGAGGAUCCAGACAUGCGCCGCAGCCCGCACUUGGUACCUUACAGCAAGGUCGAUGACCUGAUCAAGAAGGCCAAUAGGGACACUGCCAGUGAAACUGUGCGCACCUUGCUCGUUUACGGCUACAAUCUGGAGCCCCCGACCGGAGAGGCUAACGACGCUUUGCUUGCUGAAGCUGCCAGAUCUAGGAGGAUCGAAUUCAGAACGUACAGAGUGGAGAAGAACUACGCCGUUACGAGUGGAAAAUGGUAUUUUGAGUUUGAGGUUCUGACUACUGGUCCCAUGCGCGUCGGCUGGGCCAGAGCUGACUGUCCCCCUGGCUGCCAAUUAGGCAGCGACGAGUACUCGUGGGCGUUUGACGGCUACAACGAAGAAAAAUGUCACGGCGGCGCCGCAGAGACAUUUGGCAAACAGUGGGUAGUGGGCGAUGUUGUUGGCGUCUGCCUCGAUCUAAUUGAUCGCACGAUCAGUUUCUCGCUGAAUGGCGAGCUCUUGAUGGAUGCUUUGGGCGGAGAAACCUCUUUCGCCGACGUGCAGGGCGACUCCUUCGUGCCCGCUUUCACUCUCGGCGUUGGCCAAAGAGCGAAACUGACUUACGGCCAGGACGUCAAUGCCCUCAAGUUCUUCACAAUGUGUGGUCUGCAGGAGGGCUACGAACCGUUCUGCGUGAAUAUGAUGCGACCUGUUACAUACUGGUACACAAAGGACCAGCCGAUCUUCGAGAACACUGACGACAUGGCUGACACGCGUAUCGACGUGACUCGUAUCCCCGCUGGCUCUGACACGCCGCCUUGUCUCAAGAUCAGCCACAAUACUUUCGAGACCAUGGAAAAGGCCAACUGGGAGUUUUUACGACUGUCUCUCCCAGUUAUUUGCCAAUCUUCUUUCAUUGACGAGCAUGAGAAGAUGAUGAGGUGGCAGGAAAUUAAAAUCAGACAGCACAGACUGCUGUCAGAGGCAGAUCAGGUGAACCCUGGACACAUCGAGCAUAUCAUGAAAACUGGAGGUUUCAACAUGAAUGAUAUCAAGAGCCUCCAGAGGGGAAUGUCGGAGGACGGCCCUGAAUCCGAUGAGAUAGGAAGACCUGGGUUCCCUAACAGGCCACCGCGUAGGGCAUCAGUAUCCAAAGUCAAUGGAUAUGACAGCGCCGAUCCUGGCAAAAGAGCUUUGAGUGAAAAUCCAACAAAUGGUGUGGAAGAAGGAGAUGACAAGAAAAAGAGAGGAAGAUCUCCGUUUAGGUUCUUCUCAAAGAAAAAUCGAGACGCUAGCAACGAACGCAGCAAGAAAGUAGGACACACCUUAGAAGUGCCUUCUGACCGCAGCAAGCCGAUUGACAUGAAGAAUAAAAAUACCGCUGUUUCGCUUUCAUCAGUAAUGCUCAAAGCCAAUAUUUUAAAAAACUAAUAUUAUAUUUAAUUUUAAUUUAAGACCGACUUGAAGCUAGUACCACCAGCAGUGCCAGACAGGCAGCAACCUAAAGCUCUGAGUGGAUCACUUUCUACAUCAAAGAUCGAGACAGUCGGCAACGAGAUGUAUGAUGCUGAGUGCCUCAAGUUGAUCAACGAAUACUUCUAUGGAGUGCGGAUUUUCCCUGGUCAAGAUCCAACUCACGUUUAUGUCGGCUGGGUGACCACCCAGUACCACCUGCACAGUACCGAGUUCAAUCAGGACAAAGUGAGGACUGCUGGGGUCUAUAUCGUGAACGACUAUGAAGAAAUCGCUGAGAGCGUCGAGCGUCAGAGCUGCUACAUGUUGAGAGCCGACGAGCUCUAUAACGAGGUUACGAACGACGCCUCAGGCAAAGGAGCCAGCCAGGGCAUGUUUGUUGGCUGUUGCUUGGAUACUGCCACUGGAUACAUGACCUUCCAGUGCGAAGGAAAAGAAACCAAGCACAAGUACAAGAUGGAGCCAGGAACGAAACUGUUCCCUGCCAUUUUUGUAGAAGCCACAAGCAAAGACAUUAUGCAAAUCGAGCUCGGCAGAACUUCCACCACACUGCCUUUGUCGGCUGCUGUUCUUCAGAACUCUGAGAAGCACGUCAUCCCUCAGUUCCCGCCCAGACUCAAAGUGCAGUGCCUGAAGCCACACCAAUGGGCUAGAGUGCCAAAUCAGAGCCUCCAAGUGCACGCUCUCAAGCUGUCCGACAUCAGAGGCUGGAGUAUGUUGUGCGAAGAUGCCAUUUCAAUGCUGGCCUUGCACAUUCCUGAAGAAGACAGAUGCAUUGACAUUCUCGAGCUCAUUGAAAUGGAACGUCUUCUCAGCUUCCAUUCGCACAGUUUGACUUUGUACGCGGCUUUGUGCUUCCAAUCUAACUACCGCGCUGCACACACACUGUGCCAGCACGUUGGACAAAAUCAGCUUCUGUACGCAAUCAGAUCUGAGUACAUGUCCGGACCGUUACGUAGAGGAUUUUAUGACCUACUUAUUGCACUACAUCUUGAAUCUCACGCGACAACCAUGGACGCUUGCAAGAACGAAUAUAUUGUGCCACUCAGUGCUGAUCUGAAAGAAAUCUACAGCGACUCUGACAUGUGCCACAGCUUGCAUUCGCUCAAGGCUGAAUCGGUGCAGCCUACGAUGAAAAUGACCGACAUCAAUGAAACAAUAGACAAUAUCAUGAAUCUGUACAGCCCUUACUUCCCGCUGGAAGAACUAAGAGAUUUCGCCAUGACUGCACUGCAAGAGGCCGUCAAAAUCAACCAAGUUCACAACCGAGAUCCAGUGGGCGGCAGCAAUGAAAAUCUUUUCCUGCCCUUGCUGAAACUCACUGACAGGCUUUUGCUUGUUGGUACACUGUGCGACGAAGACGUUGAAAAGCUGCUGAUCAUGAUAGAUCCAGAGACUUGGGACCCUUCUUAUGAUAAAGAGGGCAAGGACGAACACCGUAAAGGUUUGCUCAGCAUGAAAAUGGCUGAAGGAGCCAAGCUGCAAAUGUGCUACUUGCUGCACCACUUGUGCGACAUUCAGCUGAGGCACCGUGUAGAAUCGAUCGUUGCUUUCAGCCACGACUACAUGGGAGAAAUUCAAACCGAUCAACUGAGACGCUACAUUGAAAUUAAAGCUUCUGAUCUGCCAUCAGCCAUUGCUGCGAAAAAGACCAAAGAGUUCCGUUGUCCACCUAGAGACCAGAUGAACGCCAUUCUUGGCUUUAAGAACUUGGAGGAGGAGGAAAAGGAAAAUUGCCCUCUUGGCGAUGACCUGCGAGAGAAAUUGCAAGGCCAGCAUGAGGGUCUCAUGUCUAUCGUUUCCCUUGAGGCUUUGAAAGAGCCUGAAGAAGAGAGUGAUGCGGACAAAGUAAAGCCAGGACCGGUCCAGCGACUUUACAACUUGAUCAAUGCCGUGAAAGAGCUUGAGGAGGAACCGAAGGAGGAGCCUGAGCCUGUCAAAAAGACACCUGAGGAAAUAUUCCGCAAGGUCUUAAUAAAAACCAUGGUAAGGUGGGCGGAAGAAGCCAUGAUCGAGACUCCAAAACUCGUGUCAGAGAUGUUCGAUCUGCUUGUGCGACAGUACGACACAGUUGGCCAGUUGAUCAGGGCUCUUCAAAAAACCUACGUUAUUGCUUCGAAAACAAAGUCAGACGUGGAGCAAAUGUGGGUUGGACUGAGCCAGAUUAGAGCCCUUUUGCCUGUGCAAAUGUCCCAGGAAGAAGAGGCCCUCAUGCGCACAAGGCUGUGGAAAAUGGUGAACAACCGCACCUUCUUCCAACACCCUGACCUUAUCAGGGUCCUCAGAAACCACGAAAACGUCAUGGCCGUGAUGAUGAACACUCUCGCCAGACGUGCUCAGGGCCAGUCCGACCAACAGGCUCAGGCUGCUGGUGGCGAAGGAGAAGUGGCUGCACCCAAAGAGAAGGAUACUUCUCACGAGAUGGUGGUGGCUUGCUGCAGGUUCCUCUGCUAUUUCUGCCGAACGUCUAGGCAGAACCAGAAAGCAAUGUUUGACCACCUUGCAUUCUUGCUGGAGAACAGCAACAUCCUGCUCUCUAGACCUUCUUUGCGAGGCAGCACGCCUUUGGACGUUGCUAUUUCCUCUCUAAUGGAGAACACGCAGCUUGCACUCGCUCUCCGAGAGCACUACUUGGAAAAAAUUGCAAUUUAUCUUUCCCGUUGCGGUCUGCAGUCCAACUCUGAAUUAGUUGAGAAGGGCUACCCUGACCUUGGCUGGGAUCCAGUCGAGGGCGAGCGUUACCUCGACUUCCUGCGUUUCUGCGUUUGGGUCAACGGCGAGAGCGUUGAAGAAAAUGCCAAUUUGGUUAUUCGUCUGCUGAUUAGACGGCCAGAGUGCCUGGGUCUUGCCCUUCGAGGCGAGGGAGAAGGUUUGCUUAAUGCCAUCAUUGACGCCAACAAGAUGUCGGAGAGGAUCACCAUUCAGAGGAAACUAAUGGAUGAAGCAGAGGGCACGAUUGCCGCUGGCCAAUUCGACCACCCCUUACCGGAGGGUGAGGACGACGAAGACUACAUCGACACAGGCGCAGCGAUCCUCAACUUCUACUGCACACUGGUCGACCUGCUUGGAAGGUGCGCACCUGACGCGUCUGUGAUUGCUCAGGGCAAGAACGACUCAUUGCGAGCUCGUGCCAUUCUGCGUUCCCUGGUGCCCUUGGAGGAUCUUCAGGGCGUGUUGAGCCUCAGGUUCACCCUCCAGGUGCCUGCUGCCGGCGAGGAGCCACCGAAGAGCGAUAUCCCAUCCGGAUUGAUUCCCGGGCACAAGCAGAGCGUGGUUCUGUUCUUGGAACGUGUGUACGGUAUUGAAACGCAAGAACUCUUCUAUAGACUACUCGAAGAUGCUUAUCUGCCCGAUUUGAGGACGGCGACAAUGCUGGACAAGAAUGACGGCCACGAAUCUAGCAUGGGUCUCGCGAUGAACCGCUACAUCGGCAACUCGAUUUUGCCGCUGCUGAUCCAGCACUCUGCUUUUUACAACGAAGCCGACAAUUAUGCCAGUCUGUUGGACGCCACUCUGCACACUGUGUAUAGGCUCUCCAAGAACAGGAUGCUCACCAAGGGACAGAGAGAAUCUGUCUCGGACUUUUUAGUAGCACUGACCAGUCAAAUGCAGCCAAGCAUGCUUCUGAAACUGCUGCGGAAGCUUACUGUGGACGUUUCAAAGCUGUCCGAGUACACCACUGUUGCCCUCAGACUCUUGACUCUGCAUUACGAGCGCUGUGCCAAAUACUACGGCUCCACCUCUGUUUCUCAGAGCAUCUACGGAGCUUCGAGCGACGAGGAAAAGCGCCUCACUAUGGUUUUGUUCAGCAACAUUUUCGACUCUUUGUCUAGGAUGGAGUACGACCCUGAAUUGUUUGGAAAAGCCCUGCCCUGUCUGACAGCCAUUGGCUGCGCCCUGCCCCCUGACUACACCUUGUCCAAGAACAACGACGAGGAGUGCUACGGAAUCAAGUCUUGCAGUCCCGACGGCCCCUACGACCCUCAACCAAUCGAUACUAGCGUUGUCCAACUGAAUAACGACCUGUCUAACAUCAUCCAGAAGUUCAGCGAGCACUACCACGAUGCGUGGGCUAGCAGAAAGCUGGAGAGCAGCUGGCAGUAUGGAGAACAAUGGUCGGACUCAUCAAAGACACACCCAAGGCUCAAGCCGUACAAUAUGCUGGCUGAAUAUGAACGGGAACGCUACCGUGACCCAGUCAGGGAGUCCAUGAAGGCAUUGCUGGCAAUUAAUUGGAGCGUAGAGCACGCUGAGGUGGAAGACGAGUCAAGCCGCAACUCGGGACGAAGAGCCUCCAAGGGUCCUGGGGACUCGAACAAUCCAUUCGACUACCACCCUCGCCCGGUGGACAUGACCAACUUGACCCUUAGCAGAGAAAUGCAGAACAUGGCUGAGCGCCUGGCCGAAAAUGCCCACGAUAUCUGGGCCAAGAAGAAGAAGGAGGAGCUCAUUGCGUGCGGUGGUGCUGUGCAUCCUCAACUUGUGCCUUACGACCUCCUGACCGACAAGGAGAAGAGGAAGGACCGCGAACGUUGCCAAGAGUUCCUCAAGUACCUACAAUACCAAGGUUUCAAGUUGCACAAGCCUACUCGAGGUGGAUCGGUUGAAAGCGAGGGUGGAGCUGCAAACGCUGCGAUUGAGUUGCGCUUUGCCUACAGCCUGCUGGAGAAGCUUAUCCAGUACACGGAUACUGCCUCCAUCAGCAUGAAACUGUACAAACCCUCCACAACAUUCAGCAGGAGGAACAGUUUCAAAACCUGCACGAGAGAUAUCAAAUUUUUCUCAAAGGUUGUGCUUCCAUUGGUGGAAAAGUAUUUCAGCGCUAACAGAAGCUAUUUCAUCGCUGUAGCAACCGCUACUCACACUGAAGGCGCAGCGUCGCUCAAGGAAAAAGAAAUGGUCGCAAGUCUGUUCUGCAAACUGGCCAACUUGUUAAGAACCAAACUAGCUGCCUUUGGCGCUGACGUGAGGAUCACUGUGCGCUGCUUGCAAGUACUUGUAAAAUCCAUCGAUGCCAAGUCCUUGGUGAAGAACUGCCCUGAGUUUAUUCGCACCUCCAUGUUGACUUUCUUCAACAACACAGCUGAGGAUCUUGGCCACACAGUUCUCAACUUGCAGGAGGGCAAAUACAGCUACUUAAGAGGAACCCACCUGAAGACCUCCACUUCUCUGCAAUACGUUGACGGAGUCAUUUUGCCAGUUCUAACAGAAAUGUUUGAUCACUUGGCGGCAUGUGAAUACGGCUGCGAUCUGUUGCUUGAUGAAAUUCAGUGCGCAGCCUACAAGAUUCUGGCCAGCUUAUACACGCUCGGAACUGACGGCUCGCUAACAAAUGAUAGGAAAUUCCUGAAAGUCGAGUUGGGCAGGCACAGGCCCGCACUUGGAAGCUGCCUCGGCGCCUUUUCAUCUUGUUUCCCUGUGGCUUUCUUGGAGCCUCAUCUCAACAAACAGAAUCACUUCUCCAUCCACUUCAGAAUGGCUGAUCAUUCGCUCGAAGCUCAAGACGUGAUGGCCAGAAUGGACCAGAUAAUGCCAACAUUGGAGACAGUGUUGGGCCAAGUGGAAUCGUACGUCGAGUCUGAGAGCGCGCACUCUGAAGCCCCUCACAUCAUUGACGUAAUUUUGCCAAUGCUCUGCUCUUAUCUUCCCUUCUGGUGGUCGCAAGGCCCAGAUAAUGUUGGUGCCAACCCUGGAGGAACUUAUGUUACCAUGGUGACGAGUGAGCAGAUGAACCAGCUGCUGAAGAACGUUUUGAAAAUGAUCAAGAAGAACAUAGGCAAUGAAAAUGCACCAUGGAUGACAAGGAUUGCUGCGUACACACAGCAGAUUAUUAUCAACUCUUCCGAAGAGUUGCUGAAGGACGUGUUCUUGCCUUUGGCUGAAAGGGUGCGCAAGAGGACGGACAACAUGUUCCACAAAGAGGAGUCCAUGAGAGGAUUCCUCAAAUCAUCUGCGGACGAUACCUCUCAGCUGGAGUCACAGAUCCAGGAAGAUUGGCAACUGCUUGUCCGUGAUAUUUAUGCAUUUUAUCCUCUUCUCAUCAAGUAUGUCGACUUGCAAAGAAAUCACUGGCUCAGGAAUAACAUUUCCGAGGCUGAGGAUUUAUACAACCACGUUGGAGAAAUUUUCAAUAUUUGGUCCAAGUCUCAGUACUUCUUGAAAGAAGAGCAAAACUUUAUUUCCGCCAAUGAAAUUGACAACAUGGUGCUGAUAAUGCCGACGUCCACGUCAAGAAGGUCAGCAGUUGUGAGUGACGGAGGAGCAGUUCAGGGCGGUGGAAAGAAAAAGAAAAAGAACCGCGAAAAGAAGAAAAACAAAGACAAAGAGCUGCAGGCGUCGCUGAUGGUGGCGUGCUUAAAACGUCUUUUGCCUGUUGGGUUAAAUCUGUUUGCUGGAAGAGAGCAGGAGCUAGUUCAGCACUGCAAGGACAGAUAUUUGAAGAAACUGCCAGAGUAUGAAAUCGUUGAUUUUGCAAAGACCCAAUUAACUCUGCCUGACAAAAUCGACCCUGCGGAUGAAAUGUCUUGGCAGCACUAUCUGUACUCGAAGCUGGGAAACAAGAAGGAGCCAGAAGGCGAAAUUGCUGGAACACCACCAAACCUGAGCGAAAAGACCAAAAUUAUUGACGAAGUGGUUGAGCGCAUCGUGGCGAUGGCCAAAGUACUCUACGGUCUGCACAUGAUCGACCACCCACAACAACAACAGAAAGGCGUCUAUCGCUCUGUUGUUUCGAUACAACGCAAACGAGCCGUCAUUGCCUGCUUCAGACAGGCAACACUCCAUUCACUUCCCAGGCACCGGGCUAUCAAUUUCUUCCUGCGCUCAUAUCACGAGCUCUGGUUGGAGGAUGAAAAUGUUGGAACUGAAAUUAUGAUCGAAGAUUUGACACAAUCAUUUGAAGAUUCUGAGCUCAAUAAGGGCGAGGAGGAAGAAGAGGGAAAACCAGAUCCUCUGAACCAGUUGGUCACCAACUUCUGUAGAGGAGCUAUGACUGAGCGAAGCGGCGCCCUGCAGGAAGAUCCUCUUUAUAUGAGCUACGCCGAAAUCAUGGCCAAGUCCUGCGGCGAAGAGGAAGAGGAAGGUGGAGAUGAGGGCGGCGAAGGAGAAGAGGGAGGAGCAUCCAUCCACAGGGCUAUGGACAAACUAAUGGAGCAAGAGAUGGAAAAGCAAAAGCUGCUCUUCCACCAAGCGCGCCUCGCCAACCGAGGAGUGGCAGAGAUGGUGCUCCUUCACAUUUCCGCCAGCAAAGGUCAGCAGAGCGAAAUGGUGAUGAAGACCCUGCAGCUGGGCAUUUCAGUCCUACGAGGCGGUAAUCUGGACAUCCAGAUGGGCAUGCUGAACCAUCUGAAGGAAAAGAAGGACGUCGGCUUCUUCACUUCCAUCGCCGGCUUGAUGAACUCUUGCAGUGUGCUAGACUUGGAUGCCUUUGAGCGAAACACAAAGGCCGAAGGACUGGGCUGUGGUGCCGACGGUGCCGCUGGUGAAAAGAACAUGCACGACGCUGAAUUCACCUGCGCCCUGUUCAGAUUCAUUCAGCUGACCUGCGAGGGUCACAACCUAGAGUGGCAGAACUACUUGAGGACGCAGGCCGGCAACACUACUACUGUCAACGUGGUUAUUUGCACGGUCGAUUAUCUGCUGCGUCUGCAGGAGUCAAUCAUGGACUUUUACUGGCACUACUCGAGCAAAGAGCUCAUCGAUCCGGCAGGAAAGGCAAACUUCUUCAAAGCCAUCGGGGUCGCUAGUCAAGUUUUCAACACACUGACUGAAGUUAUUCAGGGUCCUUGCACACAGAACCAGCAGGCACUUGCUCAUUCAAGAUUGUGGGAUGCUGUUGGUGGCUUCCUCUUCCUCUUUUCGCAUAUGCAAGAUAAAUUAUCAAAGCAUUCAAGUCAAGUGGACCUUCUCAAGGAACUGCUAAACUUGCAAAAAGACAUGAUUACAAUGAUGCUUUCCAUGCUUGAAGGUAACGUUGUGAAUGGUACCAUUGGUAAACAGAUGGUGGACACUUUAGUCGAAAGUGCGUCCAAUGUUGAGCUGAUUUUGAAAUACUUCGAUAUGUUCCUUAAACUGAAAGACCUGACUGAAUCUGCCAGUUUCAAGGAAGUGGAUUUGAACAAAGACGGAUGGGUGUUCCCCAAAGACUUUAAGGAAAAAAUGGAACAAUCUAAAAACUACACAGAAGAGGAAAUCAGUUUCCUUCUGGCCUGUUGCGAGACCAACCAUGAUGGAAAAAUCGACUACGUUACCUUUACCGAGAGCUUCCAUGAGCCUGCGACUGAAAUCGGCUUUAACUUGGCUGUGCUGUUGACGAACCUUUCUGAACAUAUGCCAAACGAACCUCGUUUGGCACGAUUCUUGGAGACUGCUGGCAGUGUACUUAACUAUUUUGAGCCUUUCCUUGGAAGGAUUGAAAUUCUGGGUGGUAGCAAAAAAAUCGAGCGUGUCUACUUUGAAAUCAAAGACACAAAUAUCGAGCAAUGGGAGAAACCCCAGAUUAAGGAAUCCAAACGUGCGUUCUUCUAUUCCAUUGUCACCGAAGGUGGUGAUAAAGAAAAACUGGAGGCCUUUGUAAACUUCUGCGAGGAUGCCAUCUUUGAAAUGCAGCACGCAAGUGGGCUCAUGUCCACUGACGAAUCUGGAGGCGCAGGAAAGUCACGUGAAACCUCCUACAGCUACCUUUCUGAAGAGGACGAAGAAAAGCAAGCAAGUCCUCUCCAGAAGGGCGUUCAGUCCGCAAAGGGUGCUAUCCACACUUGUCUUGCCAUGCUGUCGCCUGCCAAUUUGAAACUUAAGUUGGCCGAAAUUCAGCAAAUGAGUGGCCCUGAACUUGUGGUUGGCUUCUUCAAGAUGUUCUUCUAUAUAUUCUACUACUUCGGAUUUGGCGUUGCGACUAUUAUUAAGUACUUUACUGGCAUGCUAAUGUCAUUGAUGCGAGGACCACAGGUCGAGGAACCAGUUGCAGAAGUUAAGGAGGAAGAAAAGAUCGGUAUGAGAAGACACGCGCUGCCAGCACCUGCGGUUCCAGCGGCAGAAGAACCACCACCUGGUCAACUUGCACUUCCGGAAGCUCAGAAGGAUGCUGCGGAUGGAGGCGAAGGAGAUGCCGCUGCUCCAAAGGCAGCUGCGGAGGGACAAGGCGAGGCCCCUGUCGGAGAAGGAGGCGAAGAGCUCAAGGCGGAAGGUGGUGAAGGCGGCGCUAUUUCAAUUUCUGACCUCCUAGGCGGAGAGCAAGCCAAGCUGGCGGCCGCUGCAGCAGCAGACGCAGCUGCCCAACAACAGGCAGCAAUGGCAGCUAUCGAAGCCGAGCAUAAGCAGGAAACUGUCAAAGAAACUUCUCCUGUCUCGCAGAUCAACUUUGGCGAGUACACCAAGCGCUUCGUUAGCUACCUGGCCAGGAACUUCUACACCAUGAAAUACGUUGCUCUCGUUUUGGCGUUCAGCAUCAACUUCAUGCUUCUCUUCUACAAGGUGACGACUCUGGGCGAAGAUGAUGAAGACGACGACGGUGGAGCUUCUCAACAGAUGGACGACCUGCUUGAUGAAUUGUCAGGCGAGGCGGUGAAUUCGACUGAGGGUCUUGACGAUGGCGACGACGAGGACGAAGAAGACCCGAUUGAAUUGGUGCAUGUGGAUGAGGACUUCUUCUACAUGGAACAUGUGCUGCGUCUGAUGGCCUUCAUUCACUCCAUGGUUUCUUUGGCGAUGCUCAUUGCAUACUACCACCUCAAGGUUCCUCUGGCCAUCUUCAAGCGCGAAAAGGAAAUUGCUCGACGACUUGAAUUUGACGGAUUGUACAUUGCUGAACAGCCCGAGGACGAUGACAUCAAAUCACACUGGGACAAGCUCGUCAUUUCAGCAAAGUCGUUCCCUGUCAACUAUUGGGAUAAGUUUGUUAAGAAGAAGGUGCGCACAAAGUACAGCGAGACAUACGAUUUUGACGCCAUUAGCAACAUGCUUGGAAUGGAAAAGACCUCGUUUACUGCGGCUGAUGAAGAAAAGCCAACUGGAAUUCUUAACAUGAUUCUCAAUAUUGACUGGCGCUACCAGGUUUGGAAAGCGGGAGUCACCAUCACAGAUAACGCUUUCCUGUACAGCUUGUGGUACUUCACCUUCUCUAUUCUCGGCAACUUCAACAAUUUCUUCUUUGCUGCCCACUUGCUUGACGUGGCUGUUGGUUUUAAGACUCUGAGGACAAUUCUGCAGUCAGUAACGCACAACGGAAAACAGCUCGUCCUUACUGUCAUGCUGCUGACGAUCAUUGUGUACAUUUACACCGUCAUCGCGUUCAACUUCUUCCGCAAAUUCUACAUCCAAGAUGAGGAUGACGUGGUGGACAAAAAAUGCCACGACAUGGCUACUUGCUUCGUCUUCCACUUGUACAAAGGAGUUCGAGCUGGUGGCGGCAUUGGUGAUGAAAUCGGAUCUCCCGAUGGCGACGAGUACGAGGUUUAUCGCAUCCUUUUCGACAUCACUUUCUUCUUCUUCGUCAUUGUCAUCCUGCUGGCUAUCAUUCAGGGUUUGAUCAUUGACGCCUUUGGUGAGCUCCGUGACCAGCUUGAGAGCGUGAAGGAGGACAUGGAGUCCAACUGCUUCAUCUGCGGCAUAGGGAAAGACUACUUUGAUAAAGUACCGCACGGAUUCGACACCCACGUUGCUCAAGAGCAUAAUCUAGCAAAUUACAUGUUCUUCCUGAUGCACUUGAUCAACAAACCAGACACUGAGUACACAGGUCAGGAGACAUACGUGUGGAACAUGUACCAACAAAGGUGCUGGGACUUCUUCCCAGUUGGUGACUGCUUCAGGAAGCAGUAUGAGGACGAGUUGGGCGGAGGCGGAGGAUAAUUGAUGGGCCCAGCAGAACUCAAGUCACCUUGUGUUUUUGUAUAAAUUUCUCAAAUCAAAUGUUCUGAUUGAAAACAUGUUUUCCUUGUAAUGUUUAAUCCUUAGAGUACUUCCCGUCCAUCUCGAGUGGCUCUUGAACCUAUCUAAUUAGGUAUUUGUUUACUUGUUAAGUAUAUCACGUUUGAUAUAAAAGCGACUUCAAAAGCAGUGCAGGAAAUGGUUGCUGGUUUUCUUGUGCUUCUUGAUAAUAAAUUAACAAGCCUUUUAA